AUGUCUGGAAGAGGAGGUUUUUUUCUUGUUUUGACCGGGCUUGUACUCUUGCUGGUGGAGUUUACAUCGGCUCAAGACGGUAGGUUAUUCGUUAGUAAGAGCUAAGGACAUGUAUCUUACAUUUCUGAUGUGUCAGUCGUCAAGAUCUUACAAGGAUCCCUAUUUCCCUUUCGAAAUGAUCACUCAAACAAUUCAUAUAUAUCUUUCACUAAGUCCAUUAUUUUUUAGUUUCAAGGUAUGCUUUGAAUUCAUGUGCUGUUUUUAGACUCAAAAAUGUCUAUCCGUUCAUCUAUCUCGUUAAAGAGAAUUUAUUGCGAUUCCAAAUCCCAGUGUACUCCAAGCCUAAAUUUCAGAAGGUUAUUGAAAACAACACUUUGCUCAACGCUUUCAUUUCCACCCUUGCAUCACUGAAGAGUAGAGAAAAUGAAAUUUGAGUCAAGCUAAAUGUACAUGUAGUGAUUGACAGUGUAUUGUUUCGGUCGUUUCUUCAUAGUGAUAUCCUUUCAUCAUAUUAUUGUUUUGGCAUCCAUUGCAGAUUGUCAGCAACUAUUAGACUUCGAAGGGGAAUCACAGGAAAACUGUUUGGGACGUAUACCAGAAACCAAAGGAGCAAUAACAUUCUCAACGUCCGUAGCCAAGCUCGGCUCAAGGUCACUGAGAUGGGAAUCUGGCACCACAGGAAAAUCGCGACUGAGGUACACCAGGCCCCGAUCUGCCCGCAUUAGAGGAAGCGAACUAAGCCGAGGAGGUGUGAAGAUGUGGAUCUACAAAGAGACUCCCUCACCCGGAAGGAGCAUGCAAGUUAGAUUCAGAGAUACUGCUCGGAGCAACCAAGUUGGAUCAUUUAAUAUUGAAUUAGGAUUUAAAGGAUGGCGAGGAAUAUGGGUGUCCUAUAGGGAAUGCAAACGUUACUCUCAUAGCCUCAACUCUCCCGCUUCAAUUUAUAGGGUCGAUUUUGUCUUGAGUCAUCACGACAUAAUUUAUAUCGAUAUGCUUGACUUUGUGGGAAGGAUGUCAUUUCAGUCUCGUGACAAAAUAGUUCCACCUUUCACAAGAUUCGGCUCACGAUAUGAUUCUGGGAAAGUCUGGCAGCAAAGCUACCGUUGGAGUCGGCGAGCUCCGACUGCCCUUCCAGAAACGGUGGUUGCUUCAAAGUCCUUGAGUCUCACUCACAUCGAGAGUCGCUUGAAAAACUGGUAUUGCGAUGAGAGAGAAACCACCUAUGAUCUCUCUGGAGAAGCCAAGAAGCGUUGGAAUAAACUAGUGAGUAGCAUUGACGCUGCAUAUCUGGAAUACGAUAGACUUGUAUUUAGAACGCUAGACUCAGGAAAGACAGUGAUAGUCGGGCCUCCUUUGUUCUGUCGCGGUUGUAAAAGAGGAACACGAGCGUAUUCCACGAAAGAUCCAACAAGAAAGUUCAGCUUCGUCCAAAUGCGUAUCAUGCUUCCUUUGGCAAUAGAGUUUUAUCUUAAAUCCCGCGCCAAAGAAAUUUCCCGAACUGUGACAGAAGAAACUCCUGAACUGAGUUCUACUAACAAAGUCGAUGUGGACCGUGCCAUUGAAAGGAUUUGUGGAAACGACGCAAACAGGCAGAAAGAGUUCCGCGAGUACCUUGAAAGUUUGACGAAACCUUACACAAAGGACCAAGUACGCAAAAUAUUAAAUGACGGAAACAAAAAACGUCUUGAGAGAAUAAUUAAACUGCUUGACUACAUUGAAGACCAAGGAUGGGCUGAUGGAAGUGCAAUAGGCUCCCUGGAUCAUGAAAUGAACCGUGGUGGUGCUGGGUACACACACACUCUUUUCUUGUUGAAAGACGCCUUACAAGGGGACACUAAAUACAGAUCAAGACUUUUAAACUUAAUAAAUACUGCCAAGUGGUAUAAUGAUUUUGGUGAAGUUUACCAAUCGACGUUUGAGUAUAAUGGAACUACGGCUGACAGAAUGAUUACAAUAAUGUUGUUUCGACUUAUGAUUGUGUUGAUAAUGCCUGCUAAGUCGGAUAUGGAAAAAAAGGAGAGGCAGAGGGAUAUGGAUGCUUUGAAAAGGUGGAUGGAUAACGCCCUGAGUAUUAACAAAGCCUUCGGUGGAGUCAUUAAACCUGACUAUACUGGCUUUCAUCACAUGACAUUCUACGCAUCUGCGUAUGCCCCACACGCAUAUCAUACAGCUGCGCAAGUGCAAUAUCUUCUUGAAGGAACCGACUUUGCUCUUUCAGAUGGGUCAAAACAAAAUUUACGGGAAGCCCUUGAAACAUUAAGGCUGGUAGCAGUAAAGUAUUCAACACCAAACAGCGUCGGAGGACGCUUUGUAGACUAUUCCAAAAAGGUUUUGAUAAGAAUUCUCCCAGCAUACGCCUACAUCAGUGUUUCCCAUCCAUCUGGGCCACUGGCAUCAACCCCAGCCGAAGAAAUCUCAGUUCCUGCCGUUAAGAACGUUGGGAUGUUUUUACGUCUGUACCAGCCUACUGAUGAAUUUGUUAAAAAGUACUUGGAAGAUGGAACGGUUAACAGGGGAAAAUCGUAUAUGAACAGUCUUGGAUCACUGAAGAUUAUGUCCAUCGUAAGUUUAUUAACUGAACGUUGCUGAAUGCCUAUACAUGUAGCUGCUUCCUCAACCUUUUUAAAGAUUUUAAUCAGAUUUUUUUCUAGUGGCAGGAAUCACAUUCCUAUAUAUAUAUAAGUAAAACAAGAAUAAGGUGUUGAAUAAGCUACUUUGGAUUUGAUUCCAAAAAGAGGAAUAGACUUUAAAGGUAGUUAACCCCUUUUUAAUGUAAUUCCAAUGCAAGGCUACAUGAAAAUUGGGCUUCAUUUGAUUCCUUUCGUUUAUAAUAAGUUAAGAAUUGCUUUCACAUUUGAGCGAAAAGCUUGCUUGUGUGUACUAGAAGAACGAUGCAAGAAUAAUUAUGUUCCUGCCUAAAGUUCAACGUUUCGCAAAAUACACCCCAAUGCUGUUAAUAUAAAGCUUCCUUCCUGCAAUACAACAUUGCACAGCAACCCUUUAAAGAUAGGAUGAAAGACAAAAAUCAUAAAAAAUGAGAGAAAAAGAGAGAUUGGGGGCACAUUCUUACCCUUUUAUAAGCUUGUAACAAUAGCACUGUACAUAUUAUUUGGUGCAAAGUUAUAUUUUAAUUUUUUAGUAUCUUUGCUGAUUUCUUUCUUGUUUUUAUCGAACCUAGGUCUUUUCUAAAGGUACAUCUCCUGAGCCCUCCCCUGAAGGUCAUUGGUCCAAGAACUUUGCUGCUCUCUCAAUUCAUCGUCGUAAGGACUGGGCAGUGACGAUAAAAGGCUUUAACCGGUUUGUCUGGGACUUUGAGGGAUCUACAAGGGUAGGAAAACCUGAAAAUGUUUAUGGUACCUAUCAGAGUCAUGGUUCAAUGUUGAUAGCGAACAGCGAAGAAGCAUUGAAGGCUCACGAUAUAAACAAUGGAUGGGAUUGGACAAAAAUACCUGGAGCCACAACAAUGUCCCUGACUCUCGCUCAGACGAGUCUGAGUAAGGCAAGAAACUUCAGUCCACGAUCUUCUGCUGGAGGAGUAACCUACAGAGGACCAGAGCCUUUAUCCAGCGGAGUAUUUGGCAUGCACUUCCGCCAACCCAGGUACAGUUUUAUGGAGGCGAGCCACCCCUAUCCAAAUAUCAAUCUCCGCUUUAAGAAAUCUGUUUUCUUUUAUCAAAACGUGUUGGUCUGCCUAGGAAGCAACAUCAGAAUAAACAAUGGCGGAGCAACUCAAGCUCAAACGACCCUUUUUCAAGACAAGCUGAUAAGUGACAGCACGUCCAUUAAAGUUGACGAUGACCGAAAGGAUGAUUCAACUCUUUUUAACGCCAUGACCCCAUUUUCAACUCCAAAAGGAAGUAGAAGGGGAUACACUACUUUGGUGGACACCAAAGGCAACAGCUACUACAUUCCAAGAUCAAGUGCAUCCGAUCUUAAGGUUCAUGUACAAACACAAAACUCGCAAACGCCCUCAGCUAAACCAUCCAGUGGCACCUACGGUACCGCCUGGCUGGAGCACAGUACACCUGAUGGGAGUUACGAGUACGCAGUUCACAUAAAUACUCCUUCAUAUAAAGGCUCUGCUGACUAUUAUUGGAAAAAACAACAAUUUGAUAAGUCACUUAAGCUAUACAGGGUUAUUAAGCAAGACAGUGAGGCUCAUGUGGUCCGAUUUGAAAGAUCUCCUGAACGUGAUCAUGUCUUGGUUCCACUAUACGGUUAUGUUGUUUUCCAAGAAACCUCAUCUCUUCCUUCCUGGGGGAUUGUCUCGGGAGUGAGCAGACAAUGCAGGAUUAUGGCGGAAGAAAACACUCAGGAGAUUUACUUAAGCAUUAGUUACCCCGACCUGAAUUUCCCUGGCUCAAAAGUCUUGCGAACCUCCGACGAUAUCAAAGCUCGGGAAAUGUUUCGAAUAGAAAGCGAUGAGAUCCAAGUUGAAGUCGCCUUGGCACGCAUUGUGAGCACAACUCUUCCAGAACUACCCAAGGUACACGGUUCUCCAACUAGUUACGAGCCAAGGGUUCGAGUGAUUAGAACAGUUACCGAGAAACCGAGCCGAGGAAACAAACUAGUCUUUGCCAAUCUGAAGAACGGAUUCAGCGUGGAAGUUAAACUGACCAAAAUAAAUUGUUGA